AUGUCAUUGAACACAUCAUUAUACACAGUAUCAGCAUUGCUAAUACUAGACAAUGAAGGUAAUAGAUUAUACGCUAAAUACUACACACCACCAACCGACAAUGACCAUAACAACAACAACAACAACACUAGUAGCAGUAACCCCAAAACUGCCAAACCAUCCACUUCGUCUAAAUCCAUCAGUCAAUUGAAAUUUGAAAAAUCAUUAUUUUCCAAAAUCAAUAAAGUUCAUCAAGAUAUUCUCUUGUAUGAUAACAAUUUAAUUGUAUAUAAACAAAUUAACGAUGCAUCAAUUAUACUCGUGGCUCCAAUAAAUGAAAAUGAAUGUCUCAUGUACUCAACAUUGUCGAAUUUAGUUGAGUCAUUAACUAUAUUGUUAAACAAUACCGUUGAUAAAGCUACAAUUAUUGAAAAUUAUGAUUUGGUAGUAUUAGCUAUUGAUGAGACUAUUGAUGAUGGUGGUAUCAUAUUGGAGUAUGACCCAGCUACUAUUGUGUCACGCGUGACUAAUGCGCCGGUGAGUUCGGGAGCUGCCGGGGUUGUUGAUUUGAAGAAUAUUGAUUUGAGUGAAAAGGGGUUGUUUAAUGCCUUGAGUUUUGCUGGUAAGAAGUUGGGUGAAAGAUUUCAACAAGGGUUGUAA